UAAAUAGGAGUUAAUUUAAAUAAAUAUUAGAUAGCAACGAGAAACAGGAAUGUUCAGACCAGAAGAAGCAGCCUGUCGCCUAAUUUGCGUGAUUGACCUCUACUAGUUAGUAAAUGAAUAGUUAGUUAAAUGAGAACCCAGAAGUGAUAAAAGGACUGGAUUCUGCUGACGUGGGGCUCACUUUAAAGUUAUCAUCGAAACAAGAAGCAAGAAGAGAAAGUAAAAAUAUAAGUUUUUUCGACAUGUCGACAGCCGUGGUGACAAAUAACGGGGUGGUCGAUGCGGAUUUGGCGGCGGCUCUGAAAGCGAAAAUGAUGCUGUCCUCGGAAAACAAUGGAGGCGGAGGGGGAGGAGAUUGGAAAGCGCAGUUAAAUCUACCCCCAAAAGAUAAUAGGAUGCGGACUAGUGAUGUCACGGAUAGGGAGGGGAAGGAAUUUGAAGAUUUUUGCUUGACGAGGGAGCUUUUGAUGGGAAUUUUCGAAAUGGGAUGGGAGAAACCAUCCCCAAUUCAAGAGGCGUCGAUCCCUAUGGCGCUCUCAGGUCGGGAUAUUUUGGCCAGGGCGAAAAAUGGAACAGGAAAGACGGGGGCGUAUUCUAUUCCCCUCCUGGAAAGGAUUGAUCCCACUUUAGAUGCAAUUCAGGGUCUGAUAGUCGUCCCUACGAGAGAACUGGCGCUACAAGUAAGCCAGAUUUGUACUGAUUUGGCCAAGCAUCUCCAAGUCAAGGUCAUGGUCACAACCGGAGGAACUGGAUUGAAGGACGAUAUCAUCCGGGUCUACCAGAAAGUUCACGUGAUAAUCGCGACUCCAGGGAGAAUAAUCGAUUUAAUGGAGAAGAAUGUAUGCAAGAUGGACCAGUGCAAAAUGUUGGUUUUGGACGAGGCGGAUAAGCUCUUAUCACAAGACUUUAAUCGGAUGUUGGAUAAGCUCAUCUCAUUCCUGCCCAACAAGAGGCAAAUUCUCCUCUUUUCUGCUACCUUCCCUAUCACGGUUGAAUCAUUUAUGAAAAAGCACGCAAUCGACCCGUACAAGAUUAACUUGAUGGACGAGCUGACGCUGAAGGGGGUGACACAAUACUACGCCUUCGUCCAGGAACGUCAAAAGGUCCACUGUUUGAACACGCUCUUUUCUAAAUUGGAAAUCAACCAGUCCAUCAUUUUCUGCAACUCGACCCAGCGCGUUGAACUCCUCGCCAAGAAGAUUACCGACCUGGGUUACGCCUGUUACUACAUUCACGCCCGGAUGAACCAAGCCGAUAGAAAUCGAGUAUUUCACGACUUUAGGAAAGGUCACUGUCGCAACCUCGUCUGCUCGGACCUGUUCACGCGAGGUAUCGACAUCCAAGCUGUGAAUGUGGUGAUAAACUUUGACUUUCCCAAGAUGAGCGAGACCUAUUUGCACCGAAUUGGGCGAUCCGGGCGAUAUGGCCACUUGGGGAUUGCCAUCAACCUUAUCACUUAUGAGGACAGGUUCAACCUUCAAAAGAUCGAGGCCGAACUUGGAACGGAGAUCAAGCCCAUUCCAAAGGAAAUCGACAAGGCCCUUUACGUCGCCUCCUUCCACCAGGACGGUGAGGAACACGGCGAAGGGAACAACAAGGAACAAAACCACGCAAAAUGAAACAACCGACACUGAACCAACCUUUCCUCCACCCAAAAUGAUUACUCUAAAAACUGCAUGCAAGCAAAUAGAAAAUUGUGUUAAAAUUUCCUCAAUUUUGUUCAUAAAAUUAGAAAUUUCCCGGUUAAAUUAUCGAAAAAGUUGCGAUUUUUUCUCAAUCUAGAAUUUACCACUGUUUCCAACUUGUCGGAAUUAAAUGCAAAACAAAUUUGCAAUUGUACAACCAUUAAUUGCAAAAACUAAAAUCCUUUGAUACGUUCUAAGAACAAUGUUAACUUAAUCGCCUCCGUCUUAAUAAUUUUCUUCUUAAUGUUAACAAGUGAAUAAUCAGUCCUGUUAGGCGAAAUUUUGCAAAAGUACCCCAGGGCUUAUCCACUCGUGGACGAAGAUAAGAAGAAACUUAUCGACGAACUGGCGACCAAUCACGAAAUUACUAUUACUUUGCUACUACAUUACUAUUUAUUACGAAUUUCGUAUUUUUUAGUAAUUUUUUGUUCCAAAAUUCAAGUAUUUUUUUCAUCAAGAAAUUUGUACAAUUUUUCUUAAAUUAUUUCAAUUGUGUCAAAAUUUUGAUCUGUUUGAAUUUUUGUGAUUCGAAAAAAAACUGUUCAAAAUUGAAAUCUUGUUUCCAAAUUCGAUGAAUAAUUCGAGAGUCAAGAAAAUAAAUUCCACUUUUAAUUGGCUUUACUUUC